AUGCGCUUCACUAUGCGGACCGCCUUGACGGCCUCGAGCAUCUUGCUCGCCGCCGGUCCAGUCACCGCCAAAUCCUUCCAAGUGUUGGCUCCUCGAGCCACCAUGACCCUCAUCGGGUGCUACAGCAGCAGCGACGGUCUUGGUAAUCAGACAUCAUAUACCUUCCAGAGUUCUGGAUGGUGCCAGGACCGGUGCGUCAUAGAUAAUGCGGCGGUGUUCGCUUUAACAGCAGGCUCAGACUGCCUCUGCGGUGAAGAACUACCACCCUCAUCGGCCAAGGUGGCCAAGGGAAAGUGCAACACACCCUGUGAUGGCUGGCCGCAAGAUAUGUGCGGUGGCGAAGGUUUCUACUCGGUAUACACAACAGGCUUGGAGGUUGAUGUCCCCACAGUGUCUUCAUCGACUUCUAGCAGUGGUGACUCGACGGCUUCCCAGACGGAUACCACCGUCGCUUCUGUCUCGACCGAUUCUGGGGGUCAAACCAUCGUCGUGACCGCCGCUGCUGCUAAAGAAACCACCGACACUUCCUCACAACAGACUAAGAGCAGCCAUAAUACGGCAGCCAUUGCGGCCGGCGUGGUGGUCGGUGUGGUCGGUGUGGCCGCCCUAGCCGGCGCUGCAUUCUUUUUCUACCGCUCGAAGAAGCAAAAUGCCGAGACUGGCGCCCGCGGUACGGCCGGUGGCUAUGGCCGCGAUUCGCAGCCACCAUCCAUGUCGGACUCCCGGUUCGACGGGAACUACAUGGCCCAGCGUCGCCAGAGUAAUGGCAGCAUCGAUGAUGACCAUGACUUCUCCCGCCGAAUCCUGCAGGUCACCAACCCGGAUCGUCGCUAA